CCAGACUCCAGUGAAUUACAGAGACCUACCGACCGAGGGAGCGGAGAAAAGUCCGGCGCAGACACACGGCUCUAAUCUCCAGAAACAGAGCGUUAAACCAACGCAAGUGUGAAAAGAGAAGUUCUGAUUUUGGUGUAGCUCGCUUCUUCUCGGCUUCACCUUUUAGGAUCGUACAAACCAAUGUGGGAUAGUGAUUGGAGUUGACAAACCUGCUUCACUACUGUAUUUCCCCCCCACUCCACCCCCCUCCUCUCCCGCUCCACACAACCAGGAAAUUGUCGAGGUGUGCUUUCUUUAUACCGCUAGUGGCUACCCCGUUUGCGGGUGUAGAUGCGCCCUUUUCGCCGAUUUUUCUCGUUUUUUUAUUUUACUAGUUUGACUUUUAAAGCCGGGCUUCAGCUCUGAAGUCAGCCAAACUUCCCUACGAGGAGAGGAUCUCCACUCUGGCCGAACAAUGAGUGAGUCGAGUAUUUGCCAGGCUCGGGCCACUGUGAUGAUCUAUGAUGAUGGCAAUAAGAAGUGGCUGCCGGCGGGCGCUGGACCCCAGUCCUUCAGCAGAGUCCAGAUCUAUCACAACCCUUCCACCAAUGCCUUUAGGAUAGUGGGACGCAAGAUGCAGACGGACCAGCAGGUGGUUAUAAACUGUCCAAUUGUUAGAGGUCUCAAGUAUAACCAGGCCACACCCAAUUUCCACCAGUGGCGGGAUGCCCGGCAGGUGUGGGGGCUCAACUUUGGAAGCAAGGAGGAUGCUACUCUAUUUGCCAAUGGCAUGGCUCACGCUCUGGAGGUGAUCACCUCCAUGUCAGACGCAGGCUAUGCAACCCUACCCCGCCCAGUGUCAAAUGGACCUACUCCAGAAGAGCUUGAACAACAACGAAGGUUGGAGCAGCAGAAGCUGGAACAGCAGGAACGGGAGCGACAGGAGAGAGAGAGACAGGAGCUGGAGCGGCAAGAAAGAGAGAGACAGGAGAGAGAAAGACAAACUGCGGCAGUUUCUAUUCCUCCAGCUCCACCGUUGGCCCCUGGAGGCCCCCCUCCUCCACCGGGCCCUCCUCCACCCCCUGGCCCUCCUCCAGGUGUUGGCAUCCCUCACCCGCCGGCACCACCUUCCUCAGGACCCCCGCCGGCCCCGCCCCUGCCCCCUCCAGGAGGAGGAGGAGGAGGAGGAGGAGGAGGAGGAGGAGGAGGAGGAGGAGGAGGAGAAGGAGGAGGCAAUGGUGGCUUGGCGGCUGCCAUAGCAGGAGCUAAACUCCGCAGAGUAUCCAAGCAGGAGGACGGAGCCCCUGCACCUCCAAUAGGCAGAGCUGACUCCAGCCGCAACAGCGGAGGAGGAGGAGCAGGAGGAGGAGGAGGCGGGGGAGGUGGUUUGAUGGGUGAAAUGAGUGCCAUCUUGGCGCGAAGGAGAAAAGCUGCAAACACAGGAGAGAAGCCACCUGUGAAGCCACCAGAUAAUGAUGAUUCAGAGCCUCAAGGUCAAAGCGACACCCUGAGAAGACCUUGGGAGAAAUCGUCUAUGACCAGGAAUAACUCCAUCACCAAGAGCAUGGACUCCACCCCCUCAUUGUCCCAAGGUCCCAGGCCAAAGCUUGCAGGCAACAACAGCAAUGAUGCAGGUGGAAUGGACGACUCGGAUUUAGAGAAAAUGAAACAGGAGAUCCUGGAAGAGGUGCGGAAAGAACUACAAAAAGUCAAGGAGGAAAUUAUUGGAGCCUUUAUUCAGGAGCUGCAAAAGAGAAGCACAUAGUUCUGCUGAGUGUCAGGUGUAACGGAGGAAUGUGAUAGAUGGAGGUGGUUGAGGACCAUUGGGACCUCUCCUCCACUGCACCUUUCCAUGUAGCCCAGGGAUUUCUCCUUUUCUCCUACACAUUUUCUCUUUUCUCGCUCUCCUACACAAACACGUGAGCAUACUUGCUUAUGUGUAAAUCAUGCAUAUUCACUUCAUAUAAAUGGUAACCCAGGGAAGCUCCUUACGUCGCCAUCCGGCACUUUUGAUGAUCACUCACUAAUAUUGCGGCUGUGAUUCCAUCUAUCCCAUCUCUCCCCUGUUCAUUCAUCCCGUCCCCUUGUGUCCUCGGUUUUCAUUUUCAACUGAACCAAUUCAGAGCACAUAGCUACAACCACAGUUGCACUUCCAAUUCAUCAUCAUGUACACUCAUCAUAACCCUCUUUUCUGCAGAAAUCCUGCUACUUGUGUCUUCUCCCUUCUGCUUUCAGACGCACCAUUUACUGAUAGAGCAGUCUUCAGUAUUCAGGGACAAUGUAUUCGUCACAUUUUUACUGUAAUAGCAAGAUGCUGGGAUGCUUUUUUUUCCCUCUUUCUCAGUCGGCAAACAAUUGUUCAACCUCAAACACUGCUACAGAUAGUUUGGUUUAGACAUCUGCUAGUAGGUUAUUGUCUCUAAUGGUAGUUGGAGGUGGAAAAACAACAAUAAUGGAGGAUGGAUCAGAGUCCCCAACUCCCUGACUACUGCAUUGUCUCUCUGUCAAGUGGACUUUCAGCUCCCAGCAAUGGCUAAGAACUUAAACAGCACAACACAAGCCAUCACUGCUGCAAGAUAGAGAAGUUAGAAGAAGAGGAGACAAGUAAAGGGAAUCUGAUGGACAACCUGAGUGCUGUGAAAGAGGAGUGUGUUGUAGUUCUAUGAUGUGUGAGAAAUGUAUUCUCUUUGCAUUGCACUUGUUCCAGAGGAAGUGUGUCUGUGUGCCACGCUGCCUUCACAGACUAUUCCCUCUCACUCAAAAUGAGAUAUUUGUUGGCCAGUGCAGUGGUCCUACACUGUGCUUCUGCUAGUUAUUUUCUUCCAUUCUAGCUAUGUUUUCUAACUUUCAAACAUAAAAAAUGGCCAUGAUGAGGUCAAUUAAUUUGGCCAUGACCAACUGCCUUGAGAAUAAAUAUAUAAAUAUAUAUAUAUAAGGAAAAUAUAUAUUUGUUUUGAGGGAAAAUGUUAGCAAAAAUGAAAUGGUGUUUCUAUUUUAAUUGAAAUGACUGGUGAAUGGGGAUUUUUCUUUUUUUCAAUGAUUGUUUUCUUAUGAAAUGUUAUUUUGGGUUUACUGUUUCUUUUUUCUAAUAGAGUCUAGGCUUUUUACACUGAAAUAUUAAGAAAACAGCUUAGAGACACUGGAUUAGAAAUGCCUUUAUAGUCGAAUACAGCUGCUUCUUGAAAUGCA